CUGAUGGUGUUUCUCCAGUUUGAAGGGAAAAAUGUAGAUGGUAUGUCGUUUUUGUCUGGAUGAUGCGGAUGACAUGCAUCUGCUCUUAGACAAUGCGUACUACAUGUCAUUCACGUCACUUACAUAUACAGUUCAGAAACCAUACAAAUAAUCUCUGGGGUCGGAACUGAAGUUCUGUCUAUUACUCGUCAUGAUCUGUGAACUUGAUGGAGCUUAUCCUUCCAGUUAUGAUGAUCUUUAAGAAGGGUAUUCUCUCACACAAAUUAUGUCUAUAGUGAGAAACAAAUAACUGGAAACAUACCUCACCAUGGCAAUUAACAGUCACAGAUUCACAGUUUUGCAGCAGAAGCUUCCAAACAAAAUCCACCAACCAAUUUUGAUUUCUUUUUAAGAGAUAAGAUAAAAUGAACUCAGUGCUUUUGUUUCUAGUUCAUUCUCUAUCACUAGAUCCUUCAAUUCAACCAUGGGAGAAAUUGAUCCAGCCUUCAUCCAACCCAAUGAAAAUAGACCUAAACUCAAAGUUUCUGAAGCAGACAGAAUCCCAUUAAUCAAUCUCUCUAGUGACACUGAAGAACUUGUCUUGGAAAUAGGCCAAGGAUGUAAGAACUGGGGUUUUUUUCAAGUUAUUAAUCAUGGGGUGCCCUUGGAAUUGAUUAGAAGAAUGGAAAAGGUAGCAAAAGAAUUCUUUGAUCAGUCAAUAGAGGAGAAGAAGCUGGUGAAGAGAGAUGAAGUGAAUCCUCUGGGAUAUCAUGACAGUGAGCAUACAAAGAAUGUAAGAGACUGGAAGGAAGUGUUUGAUUUUAUGGUGGAAGAUCCAACUUUCAUCCCAGCAUCCCAUGAGCCUGGUGAUGAGGAGAUCAGGAUGUUAACUAACCAGUGGCCUCAAAAGCCUCCAGAAUUUAGGGAGGUAUGUCAAGAGUAUGCGCGUGAGGUGGAAAAUCUAGCUUACAAGUUGUUGGAACUUGUCUCCCUCAGCUUAGGCUUGCAGGCUGAUCGAAUCCAUGGCUAUUUUAAAGACCAAACCAGCUUUCUGCGGCUUAAUCACUAUCCUGCUUGCCCUUUCCCUGAGCUAGCUCUAGGUGUUGGUCGACACAAGGAUGCUGGUGCCUUAACUGUGCUUGCUCAGGACGAUGUUGGUGGACUUCAAGUGAAGAGGAAAUCAGAUGGAGAGUGGAUUCCAGUUAAACCAGUCCCAGAUGCCUUUAUCAUUAAUGUUGGUGAUGCCAUUCAGGUAUGGAGUAAUGAUAGGUAUGAGAGUGUAGAGCACAGGGUGGUGGUGAACUCUGAGAAGGAAAGGUUUUCGAUUCCAUUCUUCUUCUUUCCUGCCCACCAUGUCAUGAUAAAGCCCUUGGAAGAGCUAGUAAAUGAACAACACCCUGCCAGAUACAGGGAAUACAACUGGGGCAAGUUUUAUGCUACUAAAUCGCAGGAUUACAAGAAGCUGAUGUGGAAAACAUACAGAUCAUCAUUUUAGGA